UAAACCUAAAAAUUUAAAAAUUGAUGGUCUCCAUCCUGUUCUUCCCCUCCUCACGCCGUCGGCCUUCACCACCAUCCUCCCUUCAGUGACAGCGUCUCCCACUGUCACAUCUAGGGUUUAUUUUCGAGAAGAGUCAUGAAUGCUCCAGAUCGAUAUGAGCGAUUUGUGGUACCCGAGGGCACCAAGAAGGUCUCCUACGAAAGGGAUACAAAGAUCAUAAAUGCAGCCUCGUUCACUAUUGAAAGAGAAGACCAUACCAUAGGGAACAUCGUUCGCAUGCAGUUGCACAGGGAUGGGAAUGUUCUCUUUGCUGGUUACAAACUUCCUCAUCCUCUUCAAUACAAAAUUAUUGUUCGGGUUCACACAACUAGCCAGUCGUCGCCAAUGCAGGCUUAUAACCAGGCUAUCAACGAUCUGGACAAAGAACUUGAUCAUUUGAAGGCUGCAUUUGAGGCCGAGGUCGCAAGGGUUUCUGGGGAGUACUAAUGACUAUGUGAGCAUCAUCUUUGAAGACUUGAUUGCACAUAAGCUCCAUCUUAUUUUGGUAAGUUGAUUUGAUGUUUGGAUGCAUGUAUGGAAUCUAAGUAAAAAACUGGUAACUUUUCAUGGCAAAUUUGAAGCUGCAAUUACUGAUAAACUCAUCAGAUUUGAAUUUCCAUGUGGAUUGAGAAACUUAACCAACACAAUGCUCACUAUGGUUUCAUGUA